AUGGCGACUGCAUUAUUACGUGAUGAUCGGAAACACGUCGUAGUGAUUGCCUUCCCCUUUGGGAGCCACCUUUUCUCUCUUCUAAACCAGGCCGUCAGACUUGCUCAUGCUGCUCCACAUGUCACCUUCUCUUUCAUCAGCACUGCAAAAUCGAAUCACUCCCUCUUCUCCAAGCAACCAGACAUACCCCACAACAUCAAACCCUUCACAGUCUCUGAUGGAGUACCAGAUCAGGAUCACGUGCCAGGCACGCUCCCCUGCCCGGUUCCAGUACCAGUAGACUUGUUUCUUCAAGCUAGUCUUGAGAACCUUGAACAUGCCAUAGAUUUGGCAGUGAAAAGCACAAACCAGAAAGUUACCUGCAUUUUUUCUGACACUUUCGUGAGUCCUCCUUCCCUUUCUCUGUCUCGCAAACUCAAUAUCCCUUGGUUUGCAUCUUGGCCUGCCCUUUCAAUCUCAGUCUCUCCUCAUUUCUACACUCACUUAAUACGCCAAAAGAUCACUAAUUCUCAUGAACCAAACACAAACACAUCCCUUGAUUUCCUUCCUGGCUUGUCCCGCUUGCUUGUUGAGGACUGGCCACCUGAUGUCUUGCCCAAAACUGGCGAAGAAAAUAAGGAGACAGUGUUCAGAAAAAUACUAGCUUCUACGGGACAAGUUCUUCCUCAAGCAAGAGCACUAGUUCUGUGUUCCUACGAGGAAUUAGACCCACCUCUCUUUGUUCAGGACUUGAAGUCCAAGUUAAAGUCACUGCUAUACAUUGGUCCUCCAUUUUCACAUUCUCACAUCGAUACCAAUGGUAGCUUGCCAUGGUUGGACCAGCACAGACCUAGAUCAGUGGCUUAUCUCAGCUUCGGAUCUGUGGCAACCCUACCUCAUCAUGAGCUUCUAGAAGUUUCAAAGGCAAUAGAAGCCAGGCUGUGGUCUCCAAAGGAUGAUCAAAAGAGUCUUUUGCCAAAUGGGUUUGUUGAGAGGACAAGCACGAGAGUGAAAAUAGUGCCUUGUGCUCAUCAAACACAGGUUUUAGACCAUGGAUCUGUAGGAGUGUUUGUGACUCACUGUGGGAGUAUCUCAGUGUUGGAGGGUUUAGCCAUUGGAGUGCCUAUGAUUUGUAGGCCUUUCUUUGGAGAUCAUGGGAUGUGCGCUAGAACGGUGGUGGAUCUAUGGAAGAUUGGGGUCAAAAUACAAGGUGGGUUUUUCACCAAAAAUGGAUUGCUUCAAAGCUUGAAUCUGCUUUUCAUGGAGGAACAAGGUAAGAAUAUCAGAGAAAAUGCCUUGAAGAUGAAAAAGAUUCUGCAAAAUGCUGCCGGUGGGGCGGACGGGAAAUCUGCUCAAGAUUUUAAGACUUUGGUAGACAUGAUUACUACUAGUUCUUGA